AUGUACAGCAUACCUCAUCUCACCACCACAUAUAGCAGGUUUUCAUUUAAACACCCUUCAAAGUUCAACUUCAAACCUACCACCAUUUACAAUUUGUUUCAAAGUUCAGAUUUUGGGUUUCGUCGUGCGAAGAAAAUGGCGAUGGUUCUCGAUAAUUAUAUAGUCGUUACAUUCCUGGUUUCUCUUUUUAGCCUUCUUUUUCUUCUCGUUUUGCGGCCUAAUAAUAAAAAUAGGGAGAAGAAAUUUAAGCAAGUUUCUCCUAGAGAAAUUGAGAUCAAAACCGACGCUGUCAAUGGCACCAGCUCUGGAGAAUGCUCGCCUGAAAGCGGUUCCGGCGACGACGUCAUCAUUGUCGGUGCCGGUGUUGCCGGUGCUGCUCUUGCUUAUACCCUUGGCGAGGAUGGAAGACGUGUUCAUAUAAUCGAAAGGGACUUGACAGAACCCGACAGAAUUGUUGGUGAACUGCUGCAGCCAGGAGGAUACCUGAAACUGGUUGAAUUGGGCCUUGAGGAUUGCGUAGAGGAAAUCGAUGCUCAGCUAGUAUUGGGCUACGCUCUCUUCAAAGAUGGAAGACACACUAGACUUCCAUAUCCCCUGGAGAAAUUUUGUGCAGAUGUUUCUGGUAGGAGCUUCCGUAACGGGCGUUUCAUACAGAGGAUGAGAGAAAAGGCUACUACUCUUCCCAAUGUACGGCUAGAGCAAGGAACAGUGACAUCUUUGCUUGAAGAAAAAGGGACAAUUAGAGGGGUGCAAUACAAAACUAAGGAUGGUGAAGAACUAAGAGCUUAUGCUCCUCUUACCAUUGUAUGCGAUGGUUGCUUUUCGAACCUACGCCACUCUCUUUGCAACCCCAAGGUGGAUGUGCCCUCUUGUUUUGUUGGUUUGGUCUUAGAGAAUUGUGAACUUCCAUUUGCAAAUCAUGGGCAUGUUAUCCUGGCGGAUCCGUCACCUAUCUUGUUUUAUCCGAUCAGUAGCGCAGAAGUUCGAUGCUUGGUUGAUGUACCUGGAAAGAAAGUUCCUUCCAUUGCAAAUGGGGAAAUGGCGAAUUAUUUGAAGACCGUGGUGGCACCACAGGUUCCACCCGAGCUUCACGAUGCCUUCAUAACCGCUGUCAACAAAGGUCAUAUUAGAACCAUGCCGAAUAGAAGCAUGCCAGCUGAUCCUCAUCCGACUCCAGGAGCUCUUCUAAUGGGCGAUGCAUUCAACAUGCGCCAUCCGUUAACUGGUGGAGGAAUGACUGUGGCAUUAUCUGAUAUUGUUGUACUUCGGAAUCUUCUCAAGCCUUUGCGUGACCUUCAUGAUGCAGCCUCCUUGACCAACUAUCUCGAAUCAUUUUACACUUUACGCAAGCCUGUUGCAUCUACAAUAAAUACUCUGGCGGGUGCCCUUUAUAAGGUGUUCUCUGCUUCACCUGAUGAAGCGAGGAAAGAAAUGAGGCAGGCGUGUUUUGACUAUUUAAGCCUUGGAGGUGUUUUUUCUACAGGACCAGUAGCUUUACUCUCUGGUCUAAACCCUCGCCCAUUGAGUUUGGUUCUUCACUUCUUUGCCGUUGCAAUUUACGGAGUUGGUCGUCUAAUCCUACCGUUUCCUUCACUGAAACGCAUGUCGAUUGGAGCUAGGUUAAUCUCGAGUGCAUCUGGAAUUAUUUUCCCCAUAAUAAAGGCAGAGGGGGUGAGGCAAAUGUUCUUCCCGGCCACAGUUCCAGCAGUAUAUCGAGCUCCUCCGGUUGAUUGAUAGUUUCAGCAUUUUAGCUAGCACCUAAGAUGAAAAGCUUCAGCUACCACUGAUUGAUAAGUGUAUGUUAUGUUGCAUAUUUGCACGAGGACAUUAUGCAACUGUUUUGAAACUCUUCUUUCAUUGUUGUUGCGCUCUUGGUCUCUCAUUUUCA